AUGUCGCUCACACAAAUUUUCAGCUCCGACGCCGGGCUUCCAGCAAAUUCAUACAUCUACAGGAUAAUUUCCACAGCGCCACGACAGGACCCACUCACAUACACACAAACUGAUCAGUUAGCCUUCAUAUCAUCAGAUGACUCGCUUCGCUACUUGGAUGCGGCCACGCUCAGCCUACUGCCUGAUGGUGUUACCAAGUCUGUAAAUGACAAGGUCACAUGCUUGGAACGGGCCAAUGACGCACCGAGCAACGUAGUAGCGACCGCGGGAAGAGAUGGACUCGUCAAAUUUUGGGAUAAGAGAAGCAGACAGAGGGUUCUGGUGAUCCAGAGUCCACACAAACUCAUCUCAUCUCUCGUAUGCGAUGCUCAAAAAAACUUCAUCGCAGCUGGCAUCGAGAACCCUGAUGAUGGCACUGGCGUCUCUCCCGUCUAUGUCUGGGACCAGCGUAACCCUUCAGCCCCAACUCGUUCUUACAUAGAGUCACAUACCGACACCGUUACUUCCCUGCAACUGCAUCCUUCGCAUCCUACUCUCCUUCUUUCCUCCAGCACAGAUGGCCUCAUCAACAUCUUCGACACAUCGCAGGCUGAGGAGGAAGACGCCCUGUACCAAGUCAUCAACCACCGGUCUGCCAUUGCGCACGCUGGCUUCAUGUAUCCGGGCACGGACAUCUAUGCCAUCGGCACAGAUGAGACGAUGAGUUUCUAUGCGCUACAAAGCCAAAAGGAGGAAGAGGAGGAGCCGACUCCGAAAGCAUUUGGUGACGUUCGAGAGGGCUUGGGGUGCGAGUAUCUGGCCAAGAUGCAUUGGGUGGGCGGGGAGCCUUUCGUGGCUGCUGGGAAGCAUAGCGAGAGUCGUCUGAAUCUCAUACCUAUCAAAAAGAACGCCAGCGGGCCUCUAGAGUACGAUUUUGACCUCGAAAAGAGCAUACAGCUACCGGGAGCUCAUGGCGAGGAGCUUGUUCGCGAUGUGUUCACGGAUAUACAUACUCGAACGACGUUUACCUGCGGCGAAGACGGAUUUAUUCGUGCAUGGAAGGCUGCUGGGGAGGAGAGCAUGGAUGUUGACGAAGAGGCUGAGCCAGCGAAGAAGAGCAAGGACAGAAAAGAGAAGCGGAAGGACAAGAAAGAGAAGAAGAGGGGCGAUGAAAAGGAGAAGGCCAGGUAUAAGCCUUAUUGA